UUUAAAAUUGAAAAUUUAAGUACUCGUAUACUAUUGUUAGAAUCAUUGAAUAUGUAUGCGAUGCAGAAGGAUUGACCAGUAUCACAAGUUUUGAAAGAAACGAUAAAUAUAAACUACAUACGUGUACAUACAAACAUUUACUGGAUAUGGGCCCUAAGAUCUUGUUGCUCCUGAUAUUAGCGUCGGGGUCGUUACAGGACGAAGAUCGGAAUCCAUAUUGUGAUAACAAAGGUAGUCUUGAAACUUGCUGUCCAAAAUGCACACAAGAAAUCAACAAAGAGAAAUGUAGUUAUGAAUGUCCGGUUGAUUAUUACAGGGUUGGACAAAGAUGUAAUGGAAUAUCUCAUAACAAUAUAGACAACUCAAUGCCUCUUUCAUCAUUUGUAUGCAGUCAAAAGUGUCCUAAAACGCAUCAUGCAAUAAGUCUUAAUGAAACAAAAAUAUGUCUGUCCUGCUCAGUUUUAUGUCUCGACACUUCUAUUGAAACGUCUUGCUCUUGUAUAAAUCCUGAAAAAGAAACAGAUAUAAACACUAUGCUACUAUUAACUAUUAACAUAACAGCUUUAAUUUCACUCGUAGCAGUUUCAUGGAUUUUGAUUUCAUGUUUUUGUCGAAAACGGAAACGGAAUAAUCGAAGAAACAGAGCGAACAUUCAGAAUUGUAUUGAGAACCAUAUUAUACAGGGAAAUGCAGAAUCGCAAGAUAUAAACAAUGAAAUAGCAAUUGAUACAGAGCAUACAGCUGAAAAAGACAUUGCAGUGGCUGUACAGAGACAACAUGACAUAAAAACAAGAUAUGUCCGGGAUCCGACAGUUGAUGUGAGAAAGAAAAAGGAAAAAGAACCAGAACGAGGAAGAAUAAGUGAUUAUGCAAAUGCAAGUUCCAUCCGUCGUAAUAAUAUGUUUAACCUUAACCGAAUUUCACAUGCAGUUAGUCAGUUCUUUAUGCGCAAACAGGAGGCAAAUUAUACUACAUUUGAAGAGGAUUUAAUCAAAGAAUGCAAGACAACUUCCACUCAAACUACGCAAACUGGUGAACUGAAUAGUCUACUAAACCUAGCUUUCACUAGACCAGUUCGAGAACAUACUGACGCUGUUUCCGUUGAAAUUGUACCAAAACAGAUAUCAACAAAUCAACGAAAUCAUAAUUCCGUUCUUAAAUCUACAUCAAUUUGCAAAAGCAAAUUGCAGGAAAGCAAGAAUUCAAAUUUCCAAUUAGAAAAAAAAGGCACAACACAUGCCAACAUGGCCAAAUCCAAGACUGGAAACGAUACCCAACAUAUCAUUAACGUUCAUGACCAAUCGACAAAUGAAAUAUAUGAAAAUUUGAAUUUUGAUAAUAAGAUGACUCAUAACGUUACUGAAAGUAAAUAUGAAGGACAAACUGAUCACAACAUUUGUGUGAGAAAAACCGGGAACAGCGUCUUUAAGGUUGAUAGAGACAGUGAAGCUUCUACAAACUCGAAUACAAGCACCAAGAGCAACAAAAGUGCAGAAAGUGAUGUGUCACAUGCAUCUUAUAAAACAGCACCAUCUCAAAGCCCAAGAAUAAGCGAGGUAGAGAUUUACGAAAAUAUUCCAUAUCGUAAAGAACUAGGGCCUUAUUUGAAACACCACUCUGAAAAUGAUACUACCGAAAAAAAUGAAAUAAAUAACGAUGCUCUUAAAUCAAAACAUGUAGAUUCAAUAGUCAAAGGCAAUAUGCCACUUUCAAUUACUGCAAGGGAAUCUAUUGAUAUGAAAAAAAUUACAAGCCAGACAAAUAUAAGUUUAAACAAUUCAACUGUAACUUUCGUUAUCAAUCAGAGUAAUGAAGGUAAUAGGAACAUAAAAGACUGAUAGCAAGGAAUGCCAUACAUUUUCGCAUGCAACUACAGUAUGUGUAUAUGCAAAUGCUCAUC